AUGAAGAAAAUUGAGGACCCAGAAUCGCGUAAACAGUUCUACUCAAAGCGCAAGGAUAGCCUUGUUAAGAAGUCGAAUGAGUUGGGAGUUGUAUGUGACACAUAUAUUGCACUAUUAAUGUUUUCUCCAACUGGUGAAGUGACGACCUAUUCUAGAGGAAAAAGUUUUGAGGGUAUCAUGAUCAAUGCAAUUAACCAGCCUGAUGAACUGAAUCGACAACCCACUCCAAAUCCAGAUGAAGAGCAUUUGAUGCAGAGUCUCGCACAAUCAAAAGCUGAAAGAGGAAUGAUUGAAAAGAUUUCUAUGUAUGAGGCUCAUAAGGAGAAGCUUAGUGAGCUCCAAAAAACACUAAGUGAAGCAAAGGAGAAAAGAAGGUUUUAUGAACCACAAGUGGAGAAUAUCAACACAGUGGAAGAAGUUGAUGUAUAUAAGGAGUAUCUUCUGGGUGCUAUGGAACGGGUUAAACGAUCCAAAGCUAACCAAGAAUUUCUCAAGAGAAAUAGAAAUGUCAUGUUAAGUUCAGUCAAUGCUGAGGAUAUGGCUGCUGCAUGUAAUAAUUAA